UCUUCUUGAAAAUCUUUAUUUCCAAAAAUAUUUCAUUCUUUUUCUUAAGUGUCUUAGUAUUUACACUGACCUUGUACCAACCAAGUAUAGUACCUUAACAUACUUAUUUAGUGCAUAUUAAUUGUACUAAUUAGCCAAAUUUAGAAGUAUAUUAUAUAGUACAUAUUCAGAUAUUAUUCUACUUAAGCAUAUUUAUAUAUAUGGAGGGGAGUAAUAAUCCUAUAAUUAGUUUACUUCUUCAUGGUUGUGACUUAGCCAAAAAAAUGGAAUUUGAUCUUUUAAACUUAUGGGGAGCAUUAUCACCAGGUGGUACUAAGAAUUUGGCUGAAAGAUGUGAUGAAAUCAUAGAGAUCUUUAGCAGGGCAAAGUAUCAGGUUUUGCUCAACCCUCUAGCAUUUAAGAUUCAUCAUUCUCCUCCUCCUACACAACCGCUAGAGAUGGCGGCUGCCGCGGCGAGCUUGGAGUACCCGCAACAACAUCCGCCACGAGGGAAAGGGAAGGAGGUUGCUGGAGAGGCUGUAGAUGUAUAUAUGAAGGCGGAGAGUGGAGGCCAAGAAAAGCAAAGCUCUAGCUUAGGGCAGCUAAGGACGACCUCUAAGAGGUCAUCAAGUAGAACUGAUGAUCUAGGGGGUAAUCGAAGGAUGAGGAUGGCAGCUCCCAAGAUUGGGAAUACGGAGAUGCCACCGGAGGAUGGAUUCACUUGGAGAAAAUAUGGCCAAAAGGAGAUUCUUAAUGCUAAGUAUCCUAGGAGUUACUAUAGAUGCACUCAUCAAAAACUAUGCAACUGUCCAGCCAAGAAGCAAGUCCAACGCCUAGACGACGACCCAUACACCUUUGAUAUCCUCUACCGUGGAGAACACACUUGCCACAUGUCCAACACCGCGCCGUCGUCGGUCCCACCACCACCAUCACCACCACCAACCGUUCAUCAUGACAUCUUUGUUCCUCAUCAGCCAAUCACAACCGUUGGUUAUGAUUGGCUCUCAAGAGCUUCUUCUGAGGAUGCAUGCACCAUAUUCAGUCAUAAUAAUAAUCCCCUACAACAACAAUUAUACAGUGUGAGCAGCAGUACUAGUAGUGUCCUAGGUAUGCAUAUUGUUGAAGCUGCUCCAUCCUCCACCGUUAGAUCUCAUCAAGGAAGAUCAGAUCAAGUGGUUGAUUUGUUAACUAAUAAUCAUCAUUCACUUGUUGAUUGGAGUGAGAUGUUCAAUUCUGGGAGUAGUAGCACCAACAGCAUGGAAAUCAUUUUUCCUCCAGCUAAUGAUAAAUGGGACAACAAGGAUAGUAUAACAACAUUCAUUUAUACUUCAUCUCGUGUAAUGUUUUGACUUUAACAUUUGCCGAUAUAUAACUUUGACUUGAUAUUUUAAUUAGAAAAAGUUGAUAUCUUAAGAAUUAAGAUCGAGUAUUUAUUUAUUGAAAUUAAUCUAAAAGGUAGAAUCAAAGUUAAUUUAUAAUCAUUACAAAAGUUUAAAAUUUUCAAUUAAAUAGGCUUUAAUUGAAUAACGUGAAGUAUUAAUGAUUAGAAGCAGGAAAAUUGUGGUAGCAGUAAUUAAUUUUUUGUAUAUUUUACUUUCUAAUCUAGAGAAAAAUUUACUGUAUUUAUUUACGAAUUUUAAGUGUUGUAUCAUACUAUAUGAAAAAUUAAGGUUAUUCUUU